UUCAGCCCCGAAUCCUCCAACUUCUCAUCCUCAUUUCUCACAAUACAUACACUUCCUGCAGCUUAUUGAGUCUACAAAAAUGGCUUUCGCGGCUUCCUCUAAAUUUAUCCUCAUCUCGCUAUCAAUCACGUUGUUAGCCUCUAGGUGUGCCAUUGCUAGUAAUGAUCUUCUUCACGACGAUCACCAUUUCUCUAUUGUGGGAUAUGGAUCCCACGAUUUGUCGUGUAUAGACAGGCUAAUCAGGCUGUUUGAGUCAUGGAUUGAGAGACAUAGCAAGAUUUACCACAGCAUUGAAGAGAAGUUGCAUAGGUUUGAGGUGUUCAGGGACAACUUGGAACACAUUGAUGAGACUAACAAGAAGGUUAAGAACUACUGGUUGGGCCUAAACGAGUUCGCUGACAUGACACAUGAAGAGUUCAAGAAGAAGUAUUUGGGUCUUAACGCCGACCUCCCCAAGAGUGGCAAGGCCUCUGGAUUCAGCUACAAAGAUGUCCAAUUCGAGGCCUUACCCAAGUCUGUUGACUGGAGAAAGAAGGGUGCUGUUACUCCAGUCAAAAACCAAGGCAAUUGUGGUAGUUGCUGGGCAUUUUCGACAGUGGCUGCAGUAGAAGGAAUCAACCAGAUUGUGACAGGGAACUUGACUUCACUUUCGGAGCAAGAAUUGAUCGAUUGUGACAACACUUACAACAACGGAUGCAAUGGAGGUCUUAUGGACUAUGCUUUCCAAUACAUCAUGGGUAACAAUGGACUUCACAAAGAAGACGACUACCCUUACCUUAUGGAGGAAGGCACUUGUGAUAACAAGAAGGAUGUUAAUGAAGUGGUCACCAUUGAUGGCUACCAUGAUGUACCAGCCAACGACGAUGCAAGUCUUGUCAAAGCACUGGCCCAUCAGCCUAUCAGUGUAGCUAUCGAGGCCUCUGGCAGAGACUUCCAGUUCUACAGCGGGGGUGUUUUUGAUGGACACUGUGGAACUGCCUUGGAUCACGGAGUUGCAGCUGUCGGGUAUGGAUCAGCCAAGGGCAUGGAUUACAUUAUAGUGAAGAACUCUUGGGGAAGCAAAUGGGGAGAGAAGGGAUUCAUCAGGAUGAAGAGGAAUACCGGGAAGCCAGAAGGUACUUGUGGUAUCAACAAGAUGGCUUCUUACCCUACUAAAAGCAAGUGAUCAAUUCAUUAACUCAUUACUCAUCAGUUUCUGCUAGUUUUCCUGCAAAUUACAGGAAACUAUACAUUGACUAAUCAAUCGUCUUGUGUAUGUUUGCUACUUGUUUCCUUUAAAUUUCAUUAUUUGACAUAGUAAUUUCUUUGUAAUUCAAGUUUAAUUACUUAAUAAGAAAAACAAGCAUUUAUUUA